UCCGAAGCGUCCCGGAAUAUGCGAUUUCUUGCAUGAAAAAGAUGAAUUUGUGGAUUCCAGCAAAUGGAAAAAUCUGAUAUAUAAAAAGUAGGGUUUGUUGAGGGCAUGCAGAAUGGCUGCGAAACGCGCUCCUUUGAAGCAAUCGUCCAUGGCGCCCAAGGGGGAGACAGAUAAAAACAACGUAGGUGGCGACGCGAAUGACAUGGAUCCAGGUUUGAAGCUCAUGUAUAUGACCAACGAACGUGAUUUGGACGGCAUCAAGGAGCUUCUAGACUCCGGCACCGACGUCAAUUUCCGCGAUAUCGAUAACCGGACUGCCCUUCACGUCGCCGCAUGCCAAGGCUUUGCCGAUGUUGCCAACCUCUUGCUUCAAAAUGGAGCACAUGUCGACCUCAAAGAUCGCUGGGGUGGCACGCCUCUUGCAGAUGCCAUACACUACAAGAAUCAUGAUGUGAUCAAACUCUUGGAGACACACGGUGCAAAGCAAGUGUUGGCUCCCAUGCGGGUAGAAAAUGCUGGUCAGUUACCAGAUUAUGAGAUUGAUCCUAAAGAAAUUGAUUUUACAAACAGUGUGGAAAUAACCAAGGGAACAUUUAAGUUAGCUACUUGGGCUGGAACACAAGUUGCUGUGAAGGUAUUCUAUGAAGGGGCUGCUGAUGAGAAUAAAGUGAGGGCGUUUAGAGAUGAGCUUUCUUUGCUUUUGAGCAUACGACACCCAAAUGUCGUCCAGUUUCUUGGUGCUGUGACACAAAGUAGUCCGAUGAUGAUUGUGACCGAAUAUUUACCAAAGGGCGACCUUCACGAAUACUUAAAAGGAAAAGGUUCUCUAAAACCUGCAAAAGCUCUCAAAUUUGCUAUGGAUAUUGCCAGGGGAAUGAACUAUCUACAUGAACAUAGACCUGGAGCUAUUAUUCAUCGCGAUCUUGAACCUUCAAAUAUCUUGCGGGAUGAUUCUGGACACCUCAAAGUUGCAGAUUUUGGAAUUAGCAAGCUUCUUAAAGUUGCCAACAGGAUCAAAGAAGAGAGGCCUCUCACUUAUCAAGAUAGUACUUGUCGUUAUGUGGCUCCUGAGGUUUUCAGAAAUCAAGAUUACGAUACAAAAGUAGACGUAUUCUCAUUCGCCUUGAUUUUACAGGAGCUUAUUGAGGGAAGCCCUCCAUUCAGCACGAAGCAAGAACACGAAGUGCCAAAAUCUUAUGUUGCGAAAGAGCGCCCUCCUUUCAAGGCACCCAUGAAGCUGUACGCGCAUGGCCUUAAAGACUUGAUCGAAGAGUGCUGGAGUGAAAAUCCAGCUGAUAGGCCGACGUUUAGGCAGAUCAUUCCUCGGCUGGAGGGCAUCCAUAGCAGAUUUGAUCAUAGAAGCUGCUGGAAGCAGGUGAUACCACUGGAUUGUUUUCAGCAUUGGAGCUGGACCAAAUGCCGAUCCGGUUCCAGCAGCUCGACUGAUUCCAACAAAUCUCUAGGGAGCGACAUCUAGAUUCUUCUUCAUCAAGUCGUUUGGAACAGAUUAUCUUUCAGCUCACCUCCUGCACCAGAUGAGUCUUUCAGGAGAUGGUUGUCUAAAAUAAUUUCACCUCCAUUUAUUGAGA